CCACUUUGGCGGAAUCGUGUCUCCGUCUACCCCCGGGUGGGCCAUGGCGUUCCGGAAAGCGUUCCAAGUGGCCUGUGGCAUCGCUGGCACCGCCGCCGUGGUGGUGGCUGCCGCGGCCACGACUCAAAGGCGCGGCGAGGGCCGGGUCGAGGCGGCGGCGGCGGUGAGUUGGAGCCCGAGCCCGCCUCUGGAGCAGCGAGCGGCCGCCGGCUGGGACUUCAACUGGGACAAGUGAGUGCGGGCGAGGCCCAGGCCCCGGGGGGGAGGCCGCAGGCCCCCGCGGGGCUGAGGGGGUGCCGCAGUGUCGGAGCUGCUCUCCCUAUUCAGCAUCGCCUCAGGUUCCCGUUUUGAACAAAAACCAAAAACAAACUGCGCCACUCCCUGGGCUUGGCCCCCAGGGGACUUUCUCCAGCUCCCUCUGGACCAGGUCUCCGGUUUCCUGCUUAAUAUUUAACUCUCCAUCAAUAUCCGCACCCGCUCCCAAAUCAAAACUGGUUUGCUGUCUAUGGGAUUGAACUGAAUGCACUUCAGAAAGGAGGCUGCUGAUAUCUUCAACAUCAUCAUGCGGGAGCCUAUUUCAUUGAUGAAACCCAAUAAGAAAAACAAAGACAACGCUGAGGACUUUACUGCUCAACUUGAAAAUUACAAAGUCAAAGCCACAAGGCACAUCUUCCUCAUCAGACAUUCCCAAUACAAUCUGUCAGCCUCAACAGACAAAGAAAGAAUUCUGACAUCACUGGGACGUGAACAGGCUGAACUAACGGGUCAGCGAUUGGCAAGUUUGGGAUUGAAAUAUGACAUUCUGAUUCACUCCAGUAUGACCAGAGCAAAAGAGACAGCGACAAUUAUUAGUAAAUACCUGCCAGGUUUGGAAAUGAUGAGUUGCGACUUACUGAGAGAAGGAGCACCAAUUGAACCCGUGCCACCAGUCAGCCAUUGGAAACCAGAAGCUAUGUAUCACGAAGAUGGUGCAAGGAUCGAAGCUGCCUUCCGACGCUACAUUCACAGAGCUGAUCUGAAGCAAGAGAACGAUAGUUAUGAGAUCAUUGUCUGUCAUGCAAAUGUUAUCCGUUAUUUUGUUUGCAGAGCUUUGCAGUUUCCUCCAGAAGGAUGGCUGAGGAUGUGUCUCAACAAUGGCAGCAUCACCUGGCUUACCAUCCACCCUAAUGGGAGGGUUGCACUCCGAACAUUAGGAGACACAGGCUUCAUGCCUCCUGACAAAUUAAGUCGCUAGAACAGAGCUGCUGCUUGUUAUUUUCAAAAUCUUGUGCUUCAUGUUACAGUGCAAAAUGUUGUCUAAUACUUGAAAUGAUAUCAGUUGUUACCAUGUCGGUUUACAACAAGUUAGAUUUUUAUUAACUUUUUUUUUUCCCAAUUUUCUAAUCACACCCCUGAAUCCAGGUUGUACGAGUGUGUGUGUGGAAUUUAAUCAAUCAAUGUUGAUUCAUUUUAAGCUGAUGACACACUUGAAUGAUGUCUCUGCCUGUGCCAUAGUAUGUUUCUCUUCGCUUUCACUCCCUUACCUCAUUAUAACCUUGUUGAGAAAUAGUAAACUUAACUUGGAGGGAGAUGCAAAGUCUGGUCCUGAGUGUCAUUAUCACUGUAGAAGUAACUUGCUUUUUAAAAUUUCAAAUGAUUCUCAGUUUAAAGGUUUGUUUAGUCUGUAAAAGAAUCACUUUUCUCUUGCAGAUAUUGUAUGUAAGACCCAAUACACACAGUGUCUUGCGUAUGGUUCAUGAGAUAUGUCAUUCUUCCUGGCUCAUUGCAUAGCGAAGUCUAGCAGCAGCCCUUGCUUGCUUGUGCAGGCAGGUGACCUCAGUCAGUACUGCUCAGGAGAGGGGAGAACAGUUGUUAUGAAUCUGACCCUCCGUCAGUCAUGGCUAGUAUGGUGGAUUCAGUUGUGAUACCUCUGUAGGUGAACAGGCUAUUAAAGCAUGUAUGAAAUAGGAUAACUUCCAUCCAUUGAACUGUAAGUGAAAGAAUUUUUAUCUUUGUUGCACAUCAUAGAUUGCUUCAGAACCAAUGAAUUAAUUUUGAAAUAGGCACAGCUUUGGUGGGAGGGUUGAAUAUAAGUUGUACAAAACAAAUCAUUAUACUUGAUAAUUGGUGAUCAAGCUAUAGAACUUGUAUCAUGUUUUGCAUUAAGCAGUUUACUGAUUGUAUCAAUUUUUUUUUUCCAGGCUACAUCAAUGCAAUUUUAAAUUCAUUACAGGGCUCUGCAAAUAAAGGGUUUUUAACAAAC